AUGGAUCCAUUCACCGGCGGCAUCGUUCACUCUCUACCGAGCAACCUUUUGUCCCUGCCGCGCGAGCUCCGCGAUAAGAUCUAUGACUUCACGACCAAGCCAUCCUACACGCAAUACGCCCGACACAGCCCGCUCCCUCUACCUGUCACCUGUUUCAUCAACAAGCAGAUUCGGAGCGAGGCCUUGGCGCACCACCUCGCCGAAGUCCGCUGGGAAUUCGACGUCAGGAAGGCUCCGUACGGAAAGGGACAGCUGGGCCUCUUCAAAGCCUGGCUGGCCGCUCUCGGAGAUGGCGCCAGGCAUCUCGCACGCUUCAAGUUUAUCUGCCAGCUGAAGACGUACAGGUGGGAGGUGUACAUCAGCCUUGUGGCCGACAGAGAGCCGAACGGUGCGCGGAAUGUGGACGUGGAUGAAAGGGACGUGCGCGGUCUGUGGCCCGGCGCUGCAGGGGUCGUGGCGUUUGAGCGCGAGGGCAGGAUCCACUUUCAAGCUAUGUUUCCCGGCUACAGGCCUGUUGUCUGGAGAGCGCUUGACCACGAUGGGAGCGACCCUACGAAUGGUGCGAUGAGUAUGAACCUACAAGAAGAGAUCAAUGAGUAUAUCGAAGAGGUUGCGGUCAAGCCAGUGGCGCAAAAACGGUGGGACGGAACGCUGACUGGUGGGGACAUCAGCAAUACCAUCGAGAAGCUUCUUGCUCACGAAUGGAGGUGUUGUUGA